AGUGCUCACCAACUGGGGACGGUGAGAUUACUUCGAUAACUGUUGGAAUGGAUUAAUUCCAGUUCAGUUCGGUAAGCUAAGUGGACAACACCUUCCGCAAAAUAAUGAUCAAAGCAGUGAUACUGUGCCUGUGCUUGGCCACCGCCUUCGCUCUCAGUACAGAUGGCAAGGAUUCUCGUGUCGUUGGUGGCGUCAAUGCUCUACCCGCAGAAUAUCCAUACAUCGUUUCAAUCCAGCGUACUUUCUUGUUUGUUACAACCCACCUUUGCGGAGGAAGCAUUCUGAACAAUUUCCACGUCAUAACGGCAGCUCAAUGUUUCUUCAGCAACCCCAGUGGUCGGUUCCGCGUGCAAGCUGGCAAACUUACGUUGAACCAGUUCGAGAACACCGAACAGACCGUUAACGUUCUGAUGACCAUUAUGCAUCCGAAUUACACCGGAGCUGCAAUGAGCCCCUAUGACGUUGCUAUUGUUCGACUGCAAUCUCCUUUCGGCUACAACAACUUCAUUCAACCGAUUGUGUUGCCCACCCUGAAUGCAGUUCCAACAGGUGUGGUCCGCUUUGCCGGAUGGGGAUCUACUUCGCUGGGUCUGCUCCCAAGUACCCCUGCAUCUCUGCAGCAAGCUCGUGUUGCAAUCAUACCCAACGCUGAAUGUCAACUAAUGGUGGGAGGCCUCUUUCCGGUUACUGAAGGAAACGUUUGUCUAGGACCCCUAACCGGUGGCAUUGGAGCAUGCGGUGGUGAUGCCGGUGGCCCAGUAGUGCAAGUCGCCAAUAACCAAAAUGUGCUUGUUGGUAUCAUAUCGUGGCACCCUACCCCUUGCGGUGUGCCAGGAGUACCAUCAUUUGCAACCCAUGUGGCCGCUCUUAAUGAAUGGAUCCAACUGAACUCGUUAGUUUGAAAUGAAAUGUUUUGACGACGUUUGAAUUGUUAACAUUAAAGCGUACAGUUGAUGUGUUGUAAAUGCAGUACAGUUAGAAACAAUAAAACAAAAACGUUAAA